CAAAAAGCCAGUAAUAUAGAACAGUCUUCGAAAGACAAUAAGGCACUAAUGGAGAUUGGGAUGGAUGGCAAGAACACAAUUGCGCGAAGAGUGCUUAAUUGGCACCUUGCAACAGAACACCCAACAAGAGGCACAUUGGAGAAAGAGUGGUAAUUAACAUCUCUUUGCUGAUCAAAGGCUACAUGAUUUCCAUGCUGCUCCAGGUGGGAGAAAUCCGUAUAGCACCACGGUAAGAUAACUAUAGCAGUUCUUUCCAUGAGAGAAUGGUCUGAAGUUUAAAUGGAGGCCAUCACAAGCAUUCAUAUUCCACUUUGGGAAGCUGUCAACCUGGACCUCGAAUUAUUCCCAAAGUUUAAAUGCCCGACAUCAUAUUUUUGAUGUCCAUAGAAUUAUUCCUUCCAUGGGUCUGAAGUUUUGAGUACAUAGAAUUAUUCCUUCCAUGGGUCUGAAGUUUUGAGUAACAUCCACGAUUUGAACCUUUGGACUCUGAAGGCCUAGCCUUGAAGAGUGACAGGCCAACAAACUGUGCUAACAGUUGUUGACCUUAACUAAGGUUUAAAUAUGUGUGUGGAUCUCAUUCAUUUCUUCUUCUUCUUCUUCUUCUUCUUUGUGAGAAAUUUUGGAGGAAGUAAGGCACUUCCCCCAACUUUACUAAAAGUGAAAAAUUAUUUACAAAAUGGUAAUUACAAGGAGGAAGGAGAGUUACCGUGGUAGUCUCAAGGAGGUUUUUACAUCAAUGGAGAUGGUGAGACACAAGAUUUGUAAGCAUCUUAUGGCUAUGCAGAUAUUUUCCCGUGCUUAGAUUCUUCCACGAGUUGAAAGCGUGGAGAGUUUUCUAAGAAUAAGGAAAGAGUGUCUUAUAAGAAAGAAUCUUGAGUUUCUCUCGUACCAAUUGUCAAAAGCUAUUAAAAGUUGGUCCCAACCCCUCCUCAUCACCAACUAUAAUGUAUUGGCUCUCCAAAACGUCCAAAGGGCAUGGAUACGAGGUGGCCACCCAUCUGACUUGAGACAUCAUGUCAUAAGAGGACCACAGGAUUCUUGAAAUAGGGGACUUAAGAAAGAGAUGGGAGAUAGUUUCAACACGUGCACCACAAGCUAUAAAAAAUAUAGAUUGGUAAUGGAUGUGGCAAGCACAAAUGUCUAUAAUCAUCAAAACAAAACAUAUGGUCUUCUCUGUGAGCAUCCUUGUGAUUGGCUUUUAAUAAUUGUUGAUAUAAGUUAGUGUUCAAUUCUAUAUAUCCUUGGACCUAGUAUGGGUAAACCUUGAAUACACUUUUUGUGACUAGCUUUGUCUUUCUAGUUACUUCCAUAAACAUUUUAGUAACUCCUCCUUAGGUUUGACUCAUCAUAUUAAGUGACUUCUCCAUAGUUUCAAGAUAAUCGAAGAGGCUCAUUAGUCUAAUUUGGCAUAAUGCGUUUCAACUGUAUUUUCAAAAAAAAACUAAAUAUAUAAUUGACUAAGAACAAUAGUAUUUAGUUCUUAAUCAUGAUAAUCCAAAAUUUUAUUUUGGCAUUUUAAUUGCUAUACAAGUAGAUCUCAGACUUUGACAGGACUAUCAUAACCAGACAAAUCUAACUAGUAACUAUUUUUUUUCUUCAUGAAUCUCAAAUUUAUUGUAUUCUCAAAGAACAAAAAAAGUUUACCCAUCUCACAAUUAUGUUGAGUUGUAGACAAAUUUUCCAACUUUUCUCAUAUCCUUAAGCAGGCACUUUUGAUGUAAUCUCUGGCAUAUUACUCUCUAUAAACAACAACAUUAAAAAAAUAUAAUCCCUGUCCAUAACGUAACUUUAAUGGAUGAAAAUUAUGUGCUCUAUUGAAUAAAUCACGUGAUGCGAACGUGCCUAUCAAAAGAACAACGUGAAGUAUUCAUCACAAUUUGUCUUCUCUCAAUCAAAACAAAUUAGAAACAUGGAAGACGUGCACCGAGAAUGCAGCCGCGACAUGGGUGCUUGACAAGUGGACCCCCUCUUGAAACAUAUAGCUACCACGUGGGAACCACACUUUGUCGCAUUGCCAGCGGGGCCCGGAGAUCUCCUUACACGUGCGCCGGCGUCCCAUAGUCGGGUCCCGAUCAAAACUUCCUCUUAUUUAUUUUAAUCUUUUCCCGCAGGAACAGCGGACCAAACUGAACCUUGUCACAUAGCCCCCGGCGUUCAACGAAAUCUACAGUCCCUUCUAGAACCAUUCUCCGACCUCUCAUUCGCCCGCCACGCGUCCCAUCCGACGGCUGAUACUCGAGUAUGUCGGCGAUGUGAAGCGUGGCUAUCAUGCAACGGUAUUGGAAGUUGAGAUUAGUAGGGCUCUUGUAGGAGGAGAUCCGAGUAGGACGCGACCGCGUAUCUUGAGAAAGGAGGAGGAGAGAGAGGCGUUCGCGGCGAGGCGUGGAAGCCAAACCGAAGAAGAAUGGAGAGGUCGUGUUGGAAGCUCUGGUUGUGGCGGAUGGAGGCCCCUCUCUUAAAGAAAUCCUAACCCUUGGUCCCCCCGUUCCCCCUUCCAAUCCUUAAAGGGAUUUUUGGAGAUGUCGGAGUUGCCCAAGCUGCUGUACAUUGUGGUGGUGGACGAAGGAACGACAAGGAGAGGGGACGAGAGAGAGGGCUCGCCGUUCCGGUACACGCGGCCGGUGCUGCAGAGUACGCUCCAGCUCAUGGGAUGCAAGGCUCGCCACGCCUUCAAGAUUAGCCGAAGAGUAUUUGAAGUGAUGAGAAGUGAAAACAUAUCGAAAAGUGAUGCUUGCGAAAGGCCAUCUAGUAAAGGAAAUGGAUGCAAAAAAAAUGAACAUUGCCAGGCUGGUUGCUUGAGUCAGGAGGAGGUCAGCAGCCACUUGAUUCGAGAGGGUAUAGAUACAAGUAGCACAAUACUGUUUGAAUUGUAUAAAAGAUUAACAACUGUUGUUGUUACACGAGAGAACUUUUUAGACGUCGUUUGUGAUGCUCUAUCCAUGUAUAAGUACGUUGGUCCCAAUCAACGAGCUGACUUGCUCCUAGCAUGCAGAAUUCGUGAAAGAAAGGAAUCUGUAACAGUUCUUUUGUGCGGCACAAGUGGGUGUGGCAAAUCUACUUUGUCUGCUUUGCUGGGAAGCAGAUUGGGUGUCACAACUGUAAUUUCUACCGAUUCGAUACGUCACAUGAUGCGGAGCUUCAUGGAUGAAAAACAAAAUCCACUUCUUUGGGCUUCAACAUAUCAUGCUGGUGAAUGCUUAGAUCCAGUGGCAGUUGCUAAAGCAAAGGCUAGACGAAAAGGAAAGAAGCGUGCUGUUGUUUCUCACCCAAUGGUUAAGGAGGAAUUAUAUGAUAGUACUUUAAAUAAAAAAUCUGAUGGUCGAUCUGCAGAUCCAGUUUGUGGAACUGAGUUGAUCGGAAAAAAACAAAUGGCCAUUGAAGGAUUCAAAGCACAAAGUGAGAUGGUUAUAGAAAGCCUUGAUCAGUUGAUUAGUGCAUGGGAAGAGCGAAAAGAAUCUGUUGUUGUUGAGGGUGUCCACCUAAGCCUCAAUUUUGUGAUGGGGCUCAUGAAGAAGCAUCCUUCAAUUAUUCCUUUCAUGAUUUACAUUGCAAAUGAGGACAAACACAUGGAACGAUUUGCAGUACGUGCAAAAUAUAUGACCCUGGAUCCAGCCAAAAAUAAAUAUGUUAAGUACAUCCGCAAUAUCAGAUCAAUUCAGGAGUACCUCUGCAAUCGGGCUGACAAGCAUCUGGUGCCAAAAAUUAAUAACACAAAUGUUGAUCGGAGUGUGGCAGCUAUCCAUGCCACCAUCUUCAGUUGCCUACGUAGGCGAGAGGCAGGAGAGCAGCUGUAUGAUACAACCACUAAUACAGUGUCUAUAAUACAUGAAGAAUAUAGAAACCAGUGUGCUGCUAACUCUCUGAGUUCAAAGGGAAUGUUUCAAUUGAUUCAGAGGAAUGGGUCCUUUAGGCAUUUGAUGGCGCUUAUUAAUACAGAUGGAUCUGUUGCCAAGGCUUGGCCUGUUGAGUUAGUUGGUGGUCACGGAAUGGCCACAUCUGGAAUGGGCAGUGAGAAGUGUGUGGGAAAUCUUAUGUAUGGCCCCUUGCAGAUUGGGAAGGCAGAGCUGGUUAAUCUUCAGUUUGGUAAUUUUGGGAUCAGUGCAUGGCCAAGUGAGACAGGUGAUACAAGUCACACAGGAAGCAUCGAUGACUCGAGGGGUGAUGGCACUGACACUGGUAGUAGAUAUUAUUCUUCCUGUUGCAGCUCUCCAAAGAUGUCAGAUGAGCCUGCUAAAGAGCUCAAGGAGGAACUGUCGGUAUCUGGUAGUGAAGAAGAAGCUGAUGAUUCACCUGAUGGCGACAGUGAUGAAGAUCUAACGGACAACAAGGAGUGCCACGAGGAGAUGGAAGGUUCUGUUGAUGAGGACUCAACCAAGACUGAUGAGGAGUAUGAUGACUUGGCCAUGCAAGAUGGCUUAGAGAAUGGUUGCUGGUCUGACGAUGAUGAGGGCCCAAACAAUGAAAAGAUAUUUGUAGACAAGAAAAGGGAAACAGUGGACAGCUCAGGAAUGACAGAGAAGUACCAACACAAUCUGGAUCUCUUCUUGAAGAUAAGUGAGCAUGUCACCGAACAGCCAUAUUCCAACUCCCUCCUCUCUGAGAGAAGUUUGGACAUGAAAAUGAUGAAACAUUCUUUGAGCGGCUCUUUGCAAUUCCAAGGCCGGAUGCAAAGCAUUCCAGCCGUAGGUGAGUCUGAAUCAAUGUAGAGGGGGCUGGUUCUUUAGUAGCACUUUAGAGGUGGUAUGUAUGACCAAAGGACUGCUGGACGAGGUUAGUGUAGUUAGCUCUGAAAGAGUGAGGCGGCAGCAAAUCUCUCCUGUUUUGCUUGUUCCAUUCUCAAGUUGUAGAGGAUUUUAUGUGUCCAUAUUAGCUUGUCUGCCUUUGAUUAUCUUCUAUAACAUUUCUCAGGGGUUCCCAUCACCUUAUCUUGCUCAAACUGGGAACGUGGCGGUUCUGUUGUGAAGAUGGGUAUCCAUGGGUAUCCAUCAGUAUUGUGCACUGGUUGGAAAGAGAGGAAGAUUCUCGGAAUGUUCCACUGACAGAAGGGUGAUGUACGAGUACAUUAUAUAGUUAGAUGGUCAUCCCCUUUCAGAAGAUUUUCGAUUCUUGGUGGUCCAUCUAGUUGGUGUCCGGGUCUUUAAUGCUGUCACCGGUCAUGCCAUUCACUCCAUCUGGACAUUCGUGCACUAAACGCUCUGGUAAUAUUGAUGUGUUCAUUCAAGUUUCUUUACGCUAAUGAAGAUUGAAAGGAGCUAUUUGAUACUGCCUCUGCUUGUUUUUUUAAUCAGAGGCCCAUGGGAUGCCAUGAAGACUUCCGUAAGUUGGUGGCUCUAAACGGAAGGAGAGGCAUCCAUGGUAAAUCCAGGUCGCAUAUUGGAAGAUAUACCAUCCAAACAUUUGCAUCUGGAAAUUCCGUGGGUGGUGGUGGAGUGUGACUAGGGCACUACUCAGUUCACCUAGUUAGAGCCCAAGGCCUAUCGGGCCUGUUUGGCAACGUUAUCUCUCUUUUUCUGUUUCUUGAGAAAGUAGAUGGCAUUUGCCGGAACCUCUGCUAUUAGUUGCUUUUAUCUUCACUCUUAUUUGAAAGUAUUUAAUCUUUGCUAGCAAAA